AAAAAUGGGAAGCGCUUUAAGACUUAAAAGAGAACAAAAAAGUUGAACACAGAGAGCAGAGAGGGAGGGAAAGUUCCAAGUUUCAACAUGGUGUAAUUGGAAUUUCAGUCCCACGAGACUCACGACACCCAUGGCAUGCAACACCGAAAAACACAAUGCUCUUCAUAUGAUAACGAUUUCUGUAACCGCCUUCUCCAUUUAAAGCUCGAGCAUUCCGCUCUUCUCUUCGCGUCUAACCCCUUGGCCUUUGGCCGCAUCCCGCCGUCCAAGGUCACAGGUCACAGGUCAGCAUGGACGGGCAUGAGCAUCUACCUUUUAAAGUUGGGCAAUUGGCUGAAGCUAAAUCUUUUCUUCAAGGUUUUCGUGGUGCAUGGUUCCGAUGCAAGAUAAAGGAGAUCAGCUUGAGAAAAGGUCAUAUUGGCCAUGUCUUGGAAUAUAUCGAUUUUCCUGAUGAAAAAUUAAAUUGGACAAAGUUAUAUCAGAAACCCCCAGUUUCUAAGAGCAAGUUGAAGGAGAAAAAGAGGCAAUUGAUGGUACGUCCUUGCUUUCCAUCCAUCUAUCAUGUAAGUCAAAAGCCAGACAUCAAUACGAUCGCAAAAGUGAUGGUUUUAGUCAAUGAUGUCUGGAAGGUGGGGGACGAGGUAGAUUGGUGGACUGAUGGUUGUUAUUGGUCUGGAAGAGUGACACAACUAUUGGGUUAUGACAAAGUUAGGAUUGACUUGCUGCCGCCUCCUGAUGGUGAAGGCUUGUCAUAUGAAGUUUUCUGCAACGACCUACGACCAUCUUUAGAUUGGUCUCCAUCAUAUGGUUGGAGAGUACCCAUUCCUACGGAGAGUGAAACUGGCCGCUGUUGUGCUCGAUUAGUUAAGCCAGUGUAUUACGUUCCUGCUGAAAGUGAAGGAAGAACAGAUUCACAGGGUAGGGCUGGGUCAUCACUUAAGUGCAACCCAUCCUUCUCUUCUCAUAUUUCAGAUUACUCGUCGCCACCUCCUGAUGGAUCAGAGCAUUCUCCAGAAAAGGAAAUGACUGAGCAACCUCUGAACAUUGCUGACUCCAGAAAGAGGAAGCAGACACUCAAAACAAAAAUGGACCUGCACAAAGGGGAUGUGGGCAUUAGAAAAACCAGUUCCUCAGAUAGUGUUUCAAGUUCACACAUUGGAGAUACUUCAGAAGAAAUGACCAAUGGUGGAAUAGACCGAUGCAGUAAUAGUGGGUCCUCAAAAAAGAUGGAAACUGAUGGAAGCAUUGCUUUGAAUUCCAUGCACUCUGACACACUAGAUGCUGCAAUUUUGGAUCUGGAGGAACUUGCAAACAAGGUUAAAUGGGUUAAGGGCAUACUUGAUCAUGGCAUUCCUUUGCCAAAUGCUCUGCGGCCUCCAUGGAGGUUUCUGGAACACCAUGCACCUUCCACACCUAAAUGAGUUCUUCAAAAGAAGGUGAAAUGUGUGUACUCUGCUUCUAUAUACGACUUUUCGGUGGUUAUUCCCAAAGUCAGUCAGAGUUCCUCUCUUAAUCUGGCAUGGUGCAAAAAUGCAGAAAAGACCGGUGAAGAAUAUGGAGCAUGGCCCCUAUGCGUGUUUUGGUGCUUAUGGAAGACGAGCCUCCACAUCAAGUGUUGAAAGACUUUUUCCUGAAACAUUUUUUGAUUGGGCGACGAUCCCUUGGGGGUUUGACCUUUCCUUGAUUGCGCCCCCUUAUUUUUGUUAGGCGCUUUUAAUCAAUGUUUUUGCCUGCCAAGUCAUAUCUUUUAAUGUGCAUAAACUUGUUGCAUAUCCCUAUUCAGUGCGGCCACUUGCUGCUGCUCUGCUGGUAGACAAAUAAGAAAGGGUACAAAAAAUUACUAAAAAAAGGUUCAUUACUUUA